CUUCGGGGAGCUUCGGGUGCGCAUGCGCCGUUGCGCCGAUUUGCUGCAUCUCGCUUGUUCUGCAUCAAGCUAGCGGGAGGCACCAGGAAACUACGAGCAGUGAAGGAAUUUAACGUUCAAUAUAAAGCAGCAGCUUGACGGCCGUCGGGUCGACGGACGCUGCCUUGGAAACGACAUGAAUCCAGUCCACGCAGCUGGGCUGUGAGCGGGGACCCAGAUUUCCUCACUUCAAAGGCUUCUCUCCUCCUCCUCCUCUUCCUCUUCCUCCUCCACCACCACCUCGUCCUCUCCAUCCAUCCAUCCAUCCAUCGAGCUGCGAACAUGGAGGACCAGGAAUGAAAUGCGGAGCAGGAGCGAGGGAGCCAUUUAAAUAAAAGAGACGAAGAAGAAGAAGAGGGAGCAGGUGACGGCAGGAAGUAGCCCAGCAUGCCGUUGGUGAAGAGGAACAUUGAGCCCAGGCACUUGUGCCGUGGAGCGUUGCCGGAUGGAGUGACCAGUGAACUGGAGUGUGUUACCAACAGCACCCUGGCUGCCAUCAUUAAACAGCUGGGAAGUCUGAGUCGCCAUGCCGAGGACAUUUUCGGUGAGCUGUUUAACGAAGCCAACAGCUUCUACCUGAGGAUGAGCAGCCUGCAGGAGAGAGUGGACCAGCUGGCCGUGAAAGUCACCCAGCUCGACUCCACUGUGGAGGAAGUCUCCCUGCAGGAUAUCAACAUGAGGAAGGCCUUCAAGAGCAGCACCAUCCAGGACCAGCAGGUGGUGUCGAGGACCUCCGUCCCCAACCCCGUGGUGGAGAUGUACCACCGCUGUGACAAACCUCCUCCGCUCAACAUCCUCAGCCCCUACAGGGACGACAAGAAGGACGCACUGAAGUUCUACACCGACCCGUCGUACUUCUUCAACCUGUGGAAGGAGAAGAUGCUGCAGGCCACCGAGGACAAGCGCAAGGAGAAGAGGCGGCAGAAGGGCUGUCCGGCCCACCCCGACAGGCCCCACUCCAGACAGGCCCCACCCAGGAGCCCCCUGUCCAUCUCUGAGCAGCAGAGGCAGGUUGAGGACCCGAGCAGAGAGGUGAAGAAGGUGCGUAAGGCUCGUAACCGGCGCCAGGAGUGGAACGUCCUGGCCUACGACAAAGAGUUCAGACCAGACGCCAGGCUCACCCCCUCCCCCUACCAUGGCAUGUCCUCAGAGGGCUCACUGUCCCCUGAUAGCAGAUCAAUGGCAUCCGACUCCUACCCCGCCAGCCCCAACCACCCCUCCACCCAGGCCCCCAGCGCCGUCCACCCCACCGACCACCACGCCAGGGACCACCUCAGCGCCGCGGCCCAGACUCAGUCACUGGAUCGAGGCCUCAGGCCGGCCAACCAGCCCCCAGGAGCCGGCGGGCCCCCUGGGAGACACGCGGCCUCUCUGGGCAGGACCCCAUCAGGACACGGGGUCCAGGGUGGAGGAGAUCCAACGGUUAACGGGCCAAGGCAGCAGUCGGUUAAGGAAUACCGGGCCGGGCAUGGCGGCCAGCCCUCCACCAUCCCCGAGUACUACAUCCCUCCCGCCCCUCCCCCACCUCCCCCAACCAUCCCCUCUGCCCAGACCGCCUUCGACGCUACCGCGGCCCCGCCCUCCGCCGCCGCCUCCGCUGUCCCCCCCACCUCCUCCGCCCUCUCCCGUCCCUACUCCCCCUCCCCGACUCCUCCCCCCCCCAACAACGUGCCCUCCCCGGCCCACCCGCCUUCGGGUGCGCCCCCCGCCGCUCCUCCACCUCCUCCGCCCGGAGCCCCCACAGGCCUCCAGGCGCACCCAUCGCCUCCGCACGCCGCCGUCGGCCAGGCGGCUGUGGAUGCAGGACCCCAGACGAGGAAGUCCACCAUGCUGGGGAUGAUCCCAAUGAGCGACGCCCGCUCCGACCUGCUGGCCGCCAUACGUAGAGGUAUCCAGCUGAGGAAGGUGCAGGAGCAGAGGGAGCAGGAGGCCAAGAGGGAGCCCGUCGGCAACGACGUGGCCACCAUCCUGUCGCGCCGCAUCGCCGUGGAGUACAGCGAGUCGGACGACGACUCCGAGCUCGACGAGAACGAGUGGUCCGAUUAAAAACAGCAAAACAAAAGAAGUUCAAAAGAGGCGGGGGCUCGGUGGGUGGUGACGACGGGGGAAGGGAGGAGGGAGAAAACAUUGAGACACUGAGGUGGAAAUGAAGGGGUUUGGUUAAUGUUCAUCAUUCACAUUAGAAGAGAGAAAUAGUCAAAGAAAAUCAGUCAUACAUUCACGCGCAUACUUACAUCUCCUGUUGAAGCCUCUCCGAUUACUCAGCACUUCAACAGGUGUCGGUUUGCUUGUUCACCCCUGAUGACGCCUCUUCUGGAGCUAAAAUCCCUCGAAGGUUUAUGUGUCGGACCACCUGGUGUGUGUACGGCGCAGAAGAUAAAUACAUUCAUAGAAUUUCAACACCUUCCCGCCCCCGUCGGCUAAUUUUUAACCGCUAACACUCAGCUGAUGACAAAAACCGACGCACCAACUUCUUCCUUCCUACAUAUUUGAGUGAUAAUUAUUCGCAAUACAACAGGAUCUCAAACUGUAGGUGGGCGGGGCCCCCGGUGAGUACAGGGGGUUAAUGUGUUUACACAACACAUGGUAUAGCACAAGAAAAACUAAUUAUAGUGCAAUCUUAACUUAUCUGCCAAAUGUUGAGAAAGAAUUUAAGUCAGGAAAAUCAGGGAAACGAUAGCUCUUUAGAGGACGACUCCGCCUCGCUGGGACGUGCCGGUUUAUGAAACAGGCGCACUCUCGUUAAGAGGCUGCACUGUCGUUAUGAGAGUUUGGCUAACACGAGAUGAUAGAAUCAGCGCCAAAAUCAUCCCUCUGAACUCUGGCUGGUGUGCAUGCUAACAGAUGACUAUAGCAUGUUAGCUAGCUAGCAUGUAGCUUAGCUUACCUUAGCUUUAAUUUUAAAGUCUGAACUUUCUCGAUAUUGUUGAAAGAUGCAUAAAAUUAGAGGAACAGAGAAAAACUGUUGAGAAAUUGAAAAGCAGUUGUAGCCUCUAUAGGAAAUGAGCAUUCGAGUUAGCUAAACAGCUAAUAACGUAUCGUGAAAAUAAUGAUCUAGAUUCUGUUUACAGGAAUUAAUUUGCAAUAAAUCAGAGAGAAAAAUAAAACAAAACCAUGUUUGGUUUGUUUUCAAAUGUGAAAAAUCACGAAUCUUUGUGUCGUAAUUCAGAAUACAGGACAUUUAAAUGUGUGGGUUCAAUGAUGUCUCUUAAUAGUGUAUGUAGUAAAAUACCAAUUUUAUGUUUUUAAUUUUGAUUAUAUUAAGAGAAAUAUAUUGUAUAUAUCAAACAAAUAUUUAAAAGCGGCAUUUUAUUCUUAGUUCUUUAAAAGAUUUUGUAACCUAUUCCAUAUUUGACUGUUGUUGUAUUUAAAGGUCCAGUGUGCAAGAUUUGGUUGCAUCUAGUGGUGAGGACCAACUACAUACGCCUCGCCUUACACUUCCCUAAAAAUGUGAAAAAAGACCCAGGCGUUUAGUUUGUCCAUACUGGGCUACUGUAGGAACAUGGUGGACUCUUUCCCUCUGUAGAUAUAAACGGUUUCUUCUGCAGUAAUGGAAACACAAUAACUCUUAUUUUUAGCUGAUUAAACACUAAUGGAUACUUAAUAAUUGAUACCUAAAUACCUCUAAAUCCUACACACUGCACGUUUAAAGCCCAAGUUCUGUUUCAUCAGCAGUAUAAACUUGGCACACGCCAGACGUAUCUAUCAAAAGCCAAACUCUCAUAAAGUCACUGUAGUCCUUGAACUCAUUACCUUUUACAUCGUGACAUUCAGAAGUUCUCCCGUUCAGAUAAUAGUGUGAUAACUGAAACUGAAAAAAAGACGCCACCCCACCCAGGUGUACGCUGGUUUGGGAAAACAAGCGCCUCCAGCCUUGUUAAAAUCAUCAUUCAACCUCCAUAUCACAGCAUCGGACAGUGAAGCGAGCGAGCUCACGCUGUUAUUUUGGUCUGUUUUUUAUUAUUAUUAUUUUUUUUAUUUUUGUAGUCAUUCAUAACAUGAAGCCUAACAUUUCAGCCAGUGACUGUGUGCUGUGGUAUUGGUCUUAUAUAAACGCUUCAACACUUAACCCCCCCCCCACGCCGGAGCCGCACUCACAAAGCUCGUCGUCCUGACCCGGGGUCAAAGGUCACGUCCGAUUCCUCCAUCACGACCUGCGCUCACCCUCAGACAGCCCCUGGGUCAGCGCCGCUGUCCGUGGAGGCUUUGUGAACGCAGCCCCCUCGGACUAUAAAUACAUAAGUGUAAGAGACUUGCUACAGUAAUAUACAGUAUAUUAUCGAUCUCUUUUCAGUAUAGGUUUGGCUAAUCCUCAGUAUGAGCUGAUUGGACUGUAGUGUUUUUAUAACGUGGUUUUUUUUCUCUUUUGAAACGUGCUGCAGUGAGUUGUUCACUUUGGUUUAUUUUGGGGUUUUCUACUCAAAGCCAGGAUCAAACAGUCUGUCAGAGAAGCCAGUUAAAGGAUAAUUUCUUUGUUUUUUUUUGUUUUGUUUUGUUUUUACCAGAUACACCUGUUCUCAAUCUAAUCUCGAGCCAAAGCACCGUCGCAGUAUCCCCUGAAAACAGCAUUUAAUGCUCGAUGUGAGCAUCUGAUUAACAUCCGUUUGUUCCAAUUUUCUGUCCAGAGCAAUAUUGAUUUUAGAGAUUUUGAGGGUCUGUUUUUGGUUUUGGCUUUCUGGGAAGUGUAGUGUACAUUUAGCCUCGGCUGAAUCCGACAAGACGACACAGUUGCCUCCUUUUAAUGUGAAAGAUGUUACAACGAUGCUAUCUUCUUUCUGGAUUUGAGAGAAUGUGAUCUUGUGAUUAAGAUCUGUGGAAAACCAUAAAUGUGAAACGGAGUCCAGUCCCACUGAAAAGUUCAGGCGCACUGUUUUAUAUUAGAUAACCUGAAUCUCACUUAUAAAGUGAAUAUUAGCACUUAAUCAGAAAUGCUGUUAAAAACAUAACAUUUCCAACCAGGCUUGGCACAAUCAGUCUUUUCUGGUUAAUCAACCCUAAUUGACGUAAAAUGAUUAAAAAAAAAAACCUAAAUUAAGCACAGAGCAGACGUCCGUUAUAUAAAAUGUUGUAGUUGUUGUACAGGUUCAAAGCUUUUACCCUAUUGGAUUAUUACAGAAAACACAGAUUUUUAAAGAGCGAUAGAGUUCAAAAAUAGUUGUUUCGUUGUAUAUAAACACCACAUGAUAGCUGAGGAAGCGGCUCACUCGAUAACUGCACUCAACUGGACAGCGGAUGGUUACGGAUUGUCGGUUGUUCUCCCUGAUUGUUUGCAUUUACAAACAUUUACACUGAAGAUUUAAAAAAAAAAAAAAGCACAUUGAACAGCUAGAAUUUGGAUCAUCUACCCAAAAAAAGAUGCAAGGAGGAAAAUAUACUUACUCCUGAAAAUGUGGCCAGUGUUUUGGAUCCAGCCACUGUUUUUUUUUUUUUAAUCUUCGAUUGAGCGUCCUAGAAUGUAAAAUCCUGAAACGUUCUGCUCCUGUCGAAACUCCAAAAUCGAAGUCGGACGCACCCAAGGCCGAGAUUUCACACGUGUAUCUGUGGCGACUGGCUUGUCAGAAGAAUCCUUCAUUAUGUGUUGAAAAUGUGAGAAAUGAAUCAUGUUGUAUAGAUCUUUUUUUGGUAAGGCAGCCUUGUAAAGUGGGGAAAGAAAAAAAAAAUACAUUUGGGGUAAUAUAACAUAGACGACGAAGCAAAAUAAAAACUGUGUAUCGCACACUAAAACCAACUGUAAGCAAGUAUGCAUGUAACUAUAGACAAUAAAUGGUGAACAAAAAA